UGAAUGGACUGAGCAGCCUGUCUGAUUCACUCCAAAACAGCCCAGCACGGCACGGCACGGACAUCGUCCCCGGGAAUAGAGAGACGUAACAGGGAUAGAGGCUUGACGGGACGGCGAGGGAGCUCACCCUGCAGAGAGGAGGAGAGAGGCCUCAACAUCAGCACCAUCAUACUUUUUUUUCUCCACGAGACAGGACGGGGGAGUGCGCCCACCGUGUUGCGGGUGUAUGUGCGUGCGUUUGUCUCCCGGUUUGGAUCACGAUGAUGCAAAGUGCGGCGGUCCUACCGACAGAGAGUCCUGUAAAGAGUUUACCGGAGAUUCUCGGAGUGCCACUGCAACAGAUCCCUCAGUGUGCCGGCUGUAGUCAGCACAUCCUGGACAAGUUCAUCCUGAAGGUGCUGGACAGACACUGGCACUCCAAGUGCCUCAAGUGCGCCGACUGUCAGACUCCGCUGGCGGACAAAUGUUUCUCCCGGGCAGGAAGCGUCUACUGCAAGGAGGAUUUCUUCAAGCGUUUUGGAACAAAAUGUGCAUCAUGCCAACAGGGGAUCCCUCCGACGCAGGUUGUGAGGAAGGCGCAGGACUUUGUGUAUCACCUGCACUGCUUUGCCUGCAUCAUGUGCAGCCGACAACUGGCCACUGGGGACGAGUUUUACCUCAUGGAGGAUGGGAGGCUGGUGUGCAAGGUGGAUUAUGAGACUGCAAAACAGAACGAUGAUUCAGAAGCGGGGACCAAGCGACCGAGGACCACCAUCACGGCCAAGCAGCUAGAGACCCUCAAAAGUGCCUACAAAAACUCGCCGAAGCCGGCACGCCACGUCAGAGAGCAGCUGUCCUCGGAGACGGGGCUGGACAUGAGAGUAGUGCAGGUGUGGUUCCAGAACCGGCGAGCAAAGGAAAAACGUCUGAAGAAAGAUGCAGGUCGACAUCGCUGGACUCAGUUUUAUAAAAGUGUCAAACGCAGCCGAGGGGGAACUAAAGUGGAGAAGGAAAGCUCAGCCGAUGACGCAGGACUCAGUGACAGUGAACUGAGCUUCAGAGAUGACCAGGUCCUGUCAGAUCUCGGCCACACCAACGGGCUUUAUGGGAGUGUCGGUGACGUGACCAACAGCGCAGUGCUGAACGGUGGCUUCUCUGUAGAUGCAGCAGGACAACCCUACCACGACAUCCGAGCAGGAAGCCCCUACGGUCUCCCUCAGUCGCCCUCCUCCAUCACCUCCCUGCCCGGCCACACCCCUCUCCUCAACAACCUGGGCUUCAACAUGGACAGUCUGGUGGUGCAGGGCGGGCCAGGAGGAGUGGGCCAGGCCCUGAGGGCCAUGGCAGGGGGCCCGACCUCAGACCUCUCCACAGGCAGCAGUACAGGAUACCCUGACUUCCCCACCAGUCCUGCCUCGUGGCUGGACGAGAUGGACCAUUCCCAGUUUUGAAUCUCGAACGCAGUAGAAGUUCACUGUGGGGAUAUGACAAAACAGACUUAUGAGGCUUUUUACAUUUCUUUCUAUCACCCUCCAAGACUGGUAUGUUUUGUGAUUUUGGGUGAAGAGGAGAAGGAUGACAAGAAGUGUGACUCUCAGUCCCUCUGCAGUCAUAACGGCGAGGUAACAACCGGGUCAAGACGUGCAGUCCGGAUAAAAGCAGUGAAGAACACCUCCACGCCGCUGAAUGUUCAAUCUCAACACUGUAUCAUCCAAUUUUUGUUAUCACCUGACUUUAUUUUGUUCUGUCACUCUGAAAAUGAGGCUGGAUUUCCAAUAAGUCGAUGGAUUUUGCUCACAGGGGAGGUGAUAUUGUCUCGCCGCCCCCCCCCCAAAAUAAACCAUCCCUGUCCAACAGCUACAACAAUAGGGCUACAAUCUAGAUCAAAGUCCCUAUGAGACCCAGGAGGCAACUGCAUGCUUCUUCAUUGAUAAUAAGUAGGACUGCUGUCUGGCCAUAUCAAAGCCUUCACAUUGGCGAUGCACUUUACUCUCCUCUUCUUUUUCUACACAUAUGGACACGAAUGCAGAGAGAGGAUGAGAGAAAAAGAGGAGAGACAUAUGCACAAGGCAAAAACACAGUGUUUCAUUGGGAGAGAAAUUUACAAGAACAGUGGCACAAGUGUGAAUUUUGAACCAUGCUGAUGUUUUUUUUAAUGUAUUGCUGAAGCUUACAAGUUAUUAGGAAGUAGAUGGCCGUUGGUCUGUCUGUCCGUCCGUCCGUCUGUCCGUAGAAACUGAUGUCUCCUCUGUUUGAGUGAGGGCGAACACUGUUUGCUACACGGCAGGUCUCUCUUCUAUAUAUUUAUAGGUGCUUGACUUGUUCUUGUCUGUGUAAAAGCUGUCUGAGAGCGGACAUCUGUCAGUAUUAAAUUAUCCGUUUCCAGACUCACCAGGCAUCAAAGCUUAUGUGUUGGAGGACAGUCAAGAAGUUUAGAAGUCUGGAGAAAUCUCAACUCUAACCAUUCUAGUAAUAUAUCACACGUCUAAAUUAUUGAUUUAUUUUUUUGAAUGCACAGAUGUAAGACAAGGAGAUAUCCAAUGUAUAAGACAUGCAGAUUCCUUUGCAGAUAUUAUUGAGCAAAUUAAAUGGUUACAUACGAAUACAAAAAACAUUCAUUUGACAUUCAAAACACCAACAAGUAUUAGCAGGAACACAGAUAAAAAUGUGCUUUGUGUUGGCUUCUUCUGUAUCCGCAGUCUGAUCCAGGCUUCUCUUGGUAAUCUACUCAGUCAAGCAGAGCUCUAGCUUUGCCUGCUAUCAACCUACUUACUGACCCCCAGAUGUGUUGUCAGUCUGUUCUCCCCCUGCCUGGCCUCCAUGCCAGAGGGAUUACCACAGAGCCCCCCACUAUCAGGGCUGAUACUCUACUGUAGCUUCAGUGCUGGCAUGAUUUGCUGGACUGAUAUGUUUCUUACAGUUCAGGCCAUGUCAGCUACAUCUUAAAGCCCCCAUGACAACUGAGAAAGAUUCACUAACAGAACCGCCCCUGUUUCUCUUGAAAUGCUAAUUUCUUUUGAGCCGCAAGAGCAACUCAUAGUUUCAUCUGACCUGUUGAGCAUGUCAAAACCAGUGGCUAUUUUGAUAUAAGGGAAGGUUUGGCUUAAAAACGCACCCUUACCCUUACUCCUGUUUUGUCAAUUGAAGAAAAGAAAUCGAAUCACAUCUACAUGGUCAACUUUUUCAAAAAAAUUGCCACGUCCUUUUUUUUACCAGAGCAUCCUAUCUAAGAGCCAGAAAGCAAAUCAACAAACAGAAAGUGACACCAUUAAGAAAACUGGGUAACACUUUAGAUUACAGCCUGAAAACUACAGCAUAAUUAUCUAGUAAAUACAUGGUUUUAAUUAAAUACUUACUGUGUAACUAUACUGGGAUUAAUAUGGAUGUACAUGGAAAGAAGAUAAGAUUUUAGGGUAUAAGGGGGCUUGUGUUUAAGUUAAAUUACUACUUAAUUUAUACUGUUUUUUAUUUAAAAAAAUUAUAAUAUACUUUGGGAAAUAACAACAGUUUACAAUAUGAAGUGUAGUAGAUAAUUUUUGCUGCUGGGGAACAAAACAUUAGUUUUUCAUGACCAAGCUAUAAGGCUAAGUCUGUUGGUUCCCUGUAAGUACCCUAUAAUUAUUUAAUAUGUAUUAGGGAAUUAAAAAAGCCUUCCCUUGUGCAUACCAGUAGAUAUCCAGUAAGAGUUUUAUUGGUACCUAAUAUGUACACAAUAUUUACAGUGUAAUUUGCAGGCUAUGAUCUAAAAUGUUAAGUGAAAAUCAUACACAAACACUUUACCACUACAGUUUUGUUGAGUCUUUGUUGCCUCAGAAGUUUGCAUCUUAAUUGUUGUAAAUUUUGUACAGUUUGAAAACGUGUUGAUCGUCUUGUUUCAUGAGCGCUAUUUAUUAUUGCCAUGUGUCUUUGAAAAAGAUGUAAAAGAGAGCACUGAAUUUAUUCAUUUAUGCCUUCUGUGUAAUGGUAUGAACCGUGUACAGUCAAAUCUAUAUGAGGAAAAUAAAGCUGAAUUGUCUUUGGGUUA